AUGUUGCUCACGAAGGCUACGGUCCUGACGUGGAGUUUAUUCUCUGCACUCUCGUCGGCGCGGCCGUAUACACCACUGUCGGUUACCGAUGACGCCAGCUCAUUGAUUGAGGGGCAAUCCUGGCCUCAUCAGUGGUUCUCCUACGAACUGGACGACAGCGAGGACUUUGACCUGCCCACUUUCGAGGCCGUGGAGGACGUCAACGCCCCUACCACCACCCGACCCACUCCCACCAACGGGACCCUGGUCACCCGGACCAACGUGAAAGCCUGCCAGAAUACCCUGGCACACGGGUUUUCCUGCUCGUCCAUCAGCGUCGCGGCCAUGAUCGCGGCGCAGUUGGCGGCCCAGAUUUACACUGCGUCCCGCCAACAUGACUGUGGCACUCACUCAGGCACCAUCGACGGUUGGCACUACGAGUACCACGCCACCGGCCGUCACUGCGACACCACGGCCGAGCAGAAGACCAUCGAGGGCGCCAUCUACAAGUACCUGAAAAGCGUCGAACAUGGUACCGUCUGUGGCACCCAGUGCAUCAAGCUGACCCAUGGAGGCACCUGGGAGGGAUACUUGAAGUUCGGCAGGGCGGGAGACUUUGAUCGGUCCGCGUACUGUGGGCCCAACCUAGAGUUUAGCAAUUGUGGAUCUGGCGGCAAGAAUGAUGUUCCUUGA